AUGCUGAAGGGCCUGUGUCUGGACACUGAGCGCAGUGGCAUCCUGCAGAGGAUGGAGCGGUCUCUGGACGUCCUGGGUGGGACUGUGGAGCGGAUCUCCAACACAGCGGAGGUGCUCGGCGCUGUGCACCAGGAGGCUCGAGUGAGUCGAGCAGUGAAGCUCAUGGUGGCUCAUGAGGAGAACCUGAAGAUGCAACACCACAGAAACGUGGCGGAGCUGCAGGAGGUGAAGAAGAGGGUCCAGCAGCAGAACUCCAGCAAGACCGUGUCCCACCCCCGAGCAGCGCCAGAUCCGGAGGAGAGUGACAGCAGAAAGAAAAACUCUCAUCAAAACAGUGGCGUUCGUUACAGAGUCAGCACAACACUAAUUCCCAGCCAAAUCCAGAAGAAGCUAAAACGAGACAAGAAGAAACCAGCUCCUCCUGGAAGAGACUCCUUCCUCCCCUGCUCGUCUCCUCCCCGCCUGAACUCUGAGUCCAGCUGCUCUGCCAUGAGCAAGGAUGACCGCCUCCCUGUGGACGGCAGGCUGCUGGAUCCAGAAGAAACUCUGUCAGACACUCCAGCUGUUGAGUUCUUCCAGCCCCCCCCCCCAGCCGCGAGUGCCUCGCAUUAA